CCCGGAAGAAGGAAGAGGUUUUAUGAAAAGGGAGAACAGUCUGCUGACAGCACAAAUCUCAACCAAACCACUGGAAAGUUUUCACCCACAUUAUUGUCUUAAUAAAUCGCUCUAGCGUCACAUUUGCACCGAGUGGGAGCUCUCAAGGUAUGGAAUAUGGCUGCAACUGAAACGCAGUUUAUGUUAAGCGUCGGAUUAAUCGAGAAAGAUGUGAAUGGAGACACUCUGUGGGUGUGGUGCUUCCCCUCAGUGGGUCCAGACCUGAGGAAAGUCCUGCUCAGCAAGUGCUGCCUGACCCAGGACGCCCGGGACUUCCACACCUUUGUGUUUGGUCAGUUCUGUCGCACCUGGUACUACAUCACAACCGUGGAGGUGCAGGAACCUACAGCACUAAACAAGGUCACCCAUUUUUCAAUAGUAGUUACAGCGAAGGACUUCAACCCUGAGAAGUAUGCUGCACUUAGCAGAAUACUCUGCAGGAUGUACAUCAAACAUGGCAGCCCGGUGAAGAUGAUGGAAGCGUAUGUCACCGUCCUCACCAAAGGAAUGUGCCAGAGUGAUGAAAAUGGAUCUUUUCUUAUUAAGGAUUAUGAUGUUCUUAAAGCGUACUUGGCUGGUUCCGUCAAAGAUGUGGUGUCUCAGUUUGGUAUGGAGACCAUAAUCCUGUAUACUGCUCUCAUGCUGAAGAAGAGAAUCAUUGUCCAUCACCCUCGGAUCGAAGCAUUGUUGGAGUUUACAAGAGUUCUGCCGACUCUGACAUGGCACAGGAAGGACUGGUCCAUCCUGCACCCGUAUGUGCACCUGAGUGACACCGAACUAGACGAUCUCAAGAAAUGCCCCGGAUAUGUAGCCGGUUUUGUGGAUCCGGAGGUGAGCAAAAGAUCGGAUUUGUUUGAUGUGUACGUGAACCUCACAGACAGCGUCAUCACGGUAUCCCAGAGUGCCAAAGAGUCUAUGGCGAUGGGGAAGUUGCACAAGGACAUCGGGCACCUUAUUGUCCAGUCUGCAGAGGAUCCAGAGAGGUCAGAUAGUCAGGUCAUUAAGGAUAUUUCUGUCAAGACAAAAGAGAUCCUUGCCAACUUAAUGUCCCUGGCUGACCAAUGUGAAGACUCUAAAAUCACACUGGAAGGUUUAAAGCAGCAUCAUUUCCCUCCAGCCACAGAGAACUUCCUCUUUCAUUUGGCUGCUGCCGAGCAGCUCUUACGGAUAUAAAGCUGUUCUCAGACAGCACGCUGCAGGACGACGUUCCUCCUCGGCCCCCAGCGGUGUUGUUCUGUAUACCCUACAGGAAUCUUCAUUGGGAGGGGUCUUCCUUUUAUCCUCCAUUUGAGCUUCAUUUUUGUCAAAAACCAUUAGAAGAACCUAUUAUCAUUUUAUGAGCCACACUUCUGAAAAAUGACCACAGUGGUCAAUUUUGAUCCAGCAAAAAAUGUGUAUUAAUCAAACGCUGAAAAUAGUUCUCAGAAAAAGCACUGUUUGAGAUUACAUUUACUAAAAUGAUAGUGACCAGCUGUGUUUAAAAAUUGCCGGUCUUUGUUGUUUUUGUUGAAAAUGAGAGUAUAUAUGACUGUUUUGUUUUUUUAAGUCUGCCUUUUUCAGUGGGGACCGGUGAGCUCUGAGUCACAGAGGGAUGAGCUGCUGCUGAUUUUAGUCCGUUUAUUCGAUUUGGUGACAGUCCUAGAUGACGCUUGCUUUGUCCUCUGAAACCAAGCCACAGUGUUUGUCGCUCUGCGAAAUGGAGACAAACUACUUUCUCAUUUGGUACAUCUAGUGCUUUCCAGAUGUAAGCUCCCACUCCACAGUGCCCCACAUGCAUCAUACCUGCGACCCUCAUAAUAUACAGUGACAGCAGCUGAAACGGCUCAGGUGUAACGAGCAGCUGUUACUUUUAAUGAGUUUGUUAGAAGCAUCAUGUGGGUAUCGGAUCACAAUUGCAAUAGACACUUUUUUUUUUAAUGGUCCCAUUUUGUAUUUUACUAUUGACCCAAUUAUGUGUUUUUCCUUAAACUGUUUUUUAAGCAGGUGAUCGAAAGGAAAAAUAACAAUUUCUCAUCAAUCUGCAGCUGAUCCAAUAACAACUGGUGCUUCCAUGUCCACGUUGAUUUAUAUCUCUUUUUUUAUUGUGUCGUACCGUCAGGUUUGUUCAUUAAUGGGUAAUUAGCGCAGUUUUACAGCAUCAUAUGUACAUUUUCAACCACAUUGCCAAAAGGAUGGUUUUGAGCCUCAGUAUUCCAGAUAAGACAGAGUGCAAUACAUAGAAGAUAUAAUGUAAAAUCUAACUUUGAAAACUAAACAUAUUUUCAUGAAUUGAUGUAAUAUUAUAUUAUGUAUGAAAACAUGUAAUAUUCCAGCAAAAAUAAAUUUACGAUCAAAAAGUA